AUGAACCCGCGUAUGGUCUCUGGUCAAACGUACAUUCAGGGCUGUGUCGAUUCACUGAGGAAGUGUACGGAUGAGGACAUCGAUGUAACACUGAGGUGGAUUCCAGGCCAUGAGGGCGUUCCUGGAAAUGAAGCUGCAGACAGGGCUGCAAAACGUGCGGCUCUAAUGGGUGCACGAGGGCAAAUCGUACCUGGAGAUCUAUCAAGUGAAGGAUGGACCAUACUCGCAGCAGCUGCAAAACGCAGAAUACGCCAAUCAACCAAGGAUGCCUGGGAGAGACGGUGGGACAAGCAAAAGGCAGGGAAACCUACCAAAAAACUUGUCACUCAGCCUUCCAAGCGCACACUCCAAUAUUGGACCUUUCUCCGCAAAGCAACAUCGUCAAUACUGAUACAGCUGCGUACCGAACGAAUCGGGCUGGCGCACUAUCUGUGGCGAAUUAACAGGCGAGAACAACUAUACUGUGCCUGCGGCCUAUCUGGUCAAUCAGUACGACAUAUCCUCAUGGAAUGCCCACUGUAUGAGAAUGAACGCGGUCUCAUGUGGUCACGAAUCAAGGGAUUCCGACGCACAACAGAUCUGCAAGCAUUACUCAAGGAAAAAAAGGCCGCAAUUGCAAUCGCGCAGUUCAUCAUUGACACGCGAGUGCUUGAUCAAUUCCGUGAGGUAGAUCCGGAAGCAGUUGGCACCUAUGAAAACGCAGAAACAGCGGCUCAAUUGGAGCCUGCAAAUGACAAGGACACUGACGUGGGAACAUGUACGAACACGCACGCAGAUGACGCGGGCGUACGCGCACUAGCCGACCAAGAUGUUUGA